AGCGGUCGGUAAACGGUCGGGGUUUCUGAAGAAACAAACCGGAGACUCACUAAUCGGGGCUCAAGCCGCGCGCUCUCCGGUUUACCUGUCGGUGCGGUCGGUCACCUGUCAGUGUGUAGGAGCGGCGGGCAGCGGGAGGAGAAGCAGCGGGAGAACCGGAGCAGAACCGGACAGAACCUGGAGAAGAAAGAGUUGGAGAGUUUCAGGUCUCCGCUCCGCAGCUGAACAUGGACGGAAGUUUGCUGCUGCCGCUCGCGCUGCUCCUACUGGGACCGACGGGCGCGCGGACCGACACCUUCAAAGCCUGCCUGUCAGGUCCCGACUGUGUUCUGGUUCAGUCCAGAGACGAUGACUUCGACUGGGAACAGAGUGACACCAGAGACAGAAUGUCCAGCAGCCCCUGGAUCCCUGCAGCUUCUGAAUGUUACGGUUCCUCCUUUCUGUUCGUGAACACGUCGGGUCGGUACAGUGGUCAGCGCGCUCAGCUGCUGCUGCCGCCGCUGAAAGAGAACGACACGCACUGCGUCAGCUUCCUGUUCUACCAGGCAGGAGGCCGAGAGGGCGUCACCCCGGCAACGCUCAACGUCUACGUCAUAGAGAACAACAGUCUUCUGAGAGUUCCAGUGUUCAACUCAUCAGGCCCCGCCUACCACAUCUGGAAUGGGGUGGAGCUUGCUGUGUCCACCUUCUGGCCCAAUCACUACCAGGUGGUGUUUGAGGCCAUCAGCACCGGACAGAGAGGCAUCCUGGCCAUCAAGGACAUCACACUGCAGGGACACCAGUGCAUGAGCACGCCUCACUUCCUGCACAUCAAAGGUGUGGAGGUGAACGCAGGACAGACGGCCACAUUCCACUGCACCGUCAACGGACGACCCCAGAACAACCUGCUGCUCUACCUGCAGGGGAUUGGUGGUCGUCAGGCGGUCGCUAAGGAAACCAAACCGGUGAACUCCCGGCGCUACGUGGCGAGCUUUGAUGUGGAGAACACGACUAAAGGAGACUCUGGACGCUACCGCUGCAUCGCCCAAUCAGAGCGGGGCGUGGGCGUGUCCUCCUACGCUGACCUCACAGUCAAACAGCCCCCGGUACCAAUCGCCCCCCCUCAGCUGACCGCCGUCGGUGCCACCUACCUGUGGAUCCAACUGAACGCCAACUCCAUCAACGGAGAUGGACCCAUCAUCGAGAGAGAGGUGGAGUACCGUACCAUGGCAGGUAUGUUGAUCGACACCACACCUGUGGACAAGCCCACCCAUAAGAUUGGACACCUGGACCCCGACACCGAGUACGAGAUCAGCGUUCUGCUCACCAGGCCCCUGGAGGGCGGGACUGGAAACCCCGGACCACCGCUCAGAGCCCGGACCAAGUGUGCAGAUCCGAUGCACGGCCCGCAGCGCCUUGAGGUUGUCGACAUCCAGUCCAAACAGGUGACGGUCCGAUGGGAACCAUUCGGAUACAACGUGACCCGCUGCCACAGCUACAACCUCACGGUGCAGUACCGCUACCGGCCAGCAGGCGCCCUCAGCAGGGAGCCGCUGAAGGACGAGCUGCUGGAGGAGGAGGUGUUCGACACGCUGAGCUCCGUGCCACAGCACACCGUACGAAACCUUCCACCGUUCACCAACGUCAGCCUGAGACUCGUCCUCAGCAACUCUGAGGGCCACAAGGAGACCGAGGAGCUACUGGUGCUGACGGACGAGGACGUUCCGGGUGCGGUUCCUGUGGAGUCCAUCGUGGGCAGCAGCUACGAGCAGCAGAUCAGUCUGAGCUGGAGGGAACCUCUGCAGACCUACGGCCUCAUCCGGCAGUACGAGAUCUCCUACAAAGCCCUUAGCUCCUUCGACACAGAGUUUGACCUGUCCAAUCAGAGUGGCAAGGUGUUCAAACUGGCCAAUGAGACGAGCCACAUGUUUGCUGGUCUAUCUCCAGGCUCCACAUAUUCCUUCACAAUAAGAGCCUCCACCGUGAAGGGCUUCGGUCCUCCGGUCAUCACACAGUUCACCACCAAGAUCUCAGCCCCUCUGAUGCCAGCGUACGAUCAGGAGUCUCCUCUGAACCAGACCGACUCCACCGUCACCGUCCUGCUGAAGCCGGCUCAGAGCCGAGGAGCUCCCGUCAGUAAGUACCAGGUGGUGGUGGAGGAGGAGCGCCCCCGCAGGCAGAGGAGAGGUACUGCAGAGAUCCUGCGCUGCUAUCCGGUCCCCAUCCACUUCCAGAACGCAACGCUGCUCAACUCACAGUACUACUUCAGCGCCGAGCUGCCGAUGAGCAAGCUGAGGGUGCCCAUGCCCUUCUGUGUCGGUGACAACAGGACCUACAGUGGUUACUGGAACGCUCCUCUGCUGCCUCAUAAGAGUUAUGGGAUCUACUACCAGGCUGUCAGCACUGCUAACGGGGAGACAAAGAUCGACUGUGUUCGAGUCGCCACCAAAGCUGCUAUAAUCGUCACCCAGCUCACUACGCCAUACAUUCGCAUAGCUCCAGCAGCUGGAGACAAGCAGCUAACAGGAGCAGUCACCAGGAAACCAGAACCGGAGCAGGAGAAGCAGUCGGAUCACACAGUGAAGAUCGCUGGGUCCAUCGCUGGAGUCCUGCUCUUCAUCAUCAUCUUCCUUGGAGUCAUCCUGCUGAUGAAGAAACGACGAAGAAAUUAUCACUCCUACACUUAUUAUCUGAAACUGGCCAAGAAGAGGAAGGAAACUCUGAGCUCCAGACAGGAAAUGACUCUGAUGGUCAACAACUCCCAACACACCACCAUGGUGGACACACACACCGUGAACGGACGCACUGUGUCAUCUCCGUCGUCCUUCACCCUGAAGACCAACACCAUCAGCACCACCGUCCCCAACUCCUACUACCCAGAUCCCUUCGUUCCGACGGCCAUUCUGGUGCCCAUUAAUGAUGACAGCCACACCAUGACCAGUGAAACCAGUAGCCUGGUCCAGUCCCACUACAAGCAGCGGGAGUCUGAGCGGGAGGCGCUGCCCUACCAGACAGGGCAGCUGCACCCGGCCAUCCGGGUGGCCGACCUGCUGCAGCACAUCACCCAGAUGAAGUGUGCCGAAGGCUACGGCUUCAAGGAGGAGUACGAGAGCUUCUUUGAGGGACAGUCGGCUCCGUGGGAUUCGGCCAAAAAGGACGAGAACCGCAUGAAGAACCGCUACGGCAACAUCAUCGCCUACGAUCACUCUCGUGUGCGUCUGCAGCCUCAGGACGGAGACAGCGACUCCGACUACAUCAACGCCAACUACGUGGAUGGCUACCACCGACCGAACCACUACAUCGCCACGCAGGGGCCCAUGCAGGAGACAGUGUAUGAUUUCUGGCGAAUGGUUUGGCAGGAAAACACCGCUGCCAUCGUCAUGGUAACCAACCUGGUGGAGGUGGGGCGGGUGAAGUGUUGUAAGUACUGGCCGGACGACACUGAGAUUUACGGCGACAUGAAGGUGACACUGAUCGAAACUCAGCUGCUGUCAGAAUACGUGAUCCGGACUUUCGCCAUGGAGAAGAGGGGCGUGGCAGAGAUCAGGGAGAUCCGGCAGUUUCAUUUCACCGGUUGGCCCGAUCAUGGCGUGCCGCUUCAUGCCACCGGCCUGCUGGGAUUCAUCCGCCGCGUGAAGGCCAAGACUCCGCCCACCGCUGGCCCCACCGUCGUCCACUGCAGUGCGGGGGCGGGGCGGACAGGUUGUUUCAUCGUCAUCGACAUCAUGCUGGACAUGGCAGAGAGAGAAGGUGUGGUCGACAUCUACAACUGUGUGAGAGAGCUGAGAGCACGAAGGGUGAACAUGGUGCAGACAGAGGAGCAAUAUGUCUUCAUCCAUGACGCAAUCUUGGAGGCGUGUCUCUGUGGCGACACAGCGAUUCCAGCCAAUCAGCUGCGGUCAGUUUAUUAUGAGAUGAACCGAUUGGACCCUCAGACCAACUCCAGUCAGAUCAAAGAGGAGUUCAGGACGUUGAACAUGGUGACGCCCACUCUGCGGGUGGAGGACUGCAGCAUCGCUCUGUUGCCUAGAAACCACGAGAAGAACCGCUGCAUGGACGUUCUGCCUCCGGACCGCUGCCUGCCGUUCCUCAUCACCAUCGACGGAGAGAGCGCCAACUACAUCAACGCUGCGCUCAUGGAUAGCUACAAGCAGCCGUCAGCGUUCAUCGUUACCCAGCAUCCUUUGCCAAACACGGUCAAAGACUUCUGGCGUCUGGUCCUUGAUUACCACUGUACCUCCAUCAUCAUGCUGAAUGAUGUGGACCCUGCACAGCUGUGUCCUCAGUACUGGCCAGAGAAUGGCCUCCAUCGCCUCGGGUCGCUGCAAGUCGAGUUUGUCUCUGCAGAUCUGGAGGAGGACGUCAUCAGCCGCAUCUUCAGGAUCUACAAUACAGCCAGGCCCCAGGACGGGUACCGCAUGGUGCAGCAGUUCCAGUUCCUGGGCUGGCCAAUGUACCGCGACACGCCCGUCUCCAAGCGCUCCUUCCUCAAACUGGUCCACCAGGUGGAUAAAUGGCAGGACGAGUACGACGGCGGCGAGGGACGCACAGUGGUGCACUGCCUUAACGGUGGGGGUCGUAGUGGUGUGUUCUGCAGCAUCAGUAUAGUGUGUGAGAUGUUGAGGCAGCAGCGCCAGGUGGACGUCUUUCACUCCGUAAAAACUCUGAGGAACAACAAACCAAACAUGGUGGACCUGCUGGAUCAAUAUAAGUUCUGCUAUGAGGUCGCUCUGGAGUAUCUGAACUCUACUUAGAUUCACCUUCAUCACCUCCUGCAGCCUGAGGAGGUGGAGGAGGAUGAAGAGGAGGAGGAUGAAGAGGAGGAGGAGGAGGAGGAAGAUGUUUGCACUGCCCUGACGGACUCACCUCAUGUUGUUAUUUUGUCGUGUUGUUUUUUAUGUUUAUUGUCGUACUGAAACUGAAGCAACCAAAACUCUGAGUCAAUUGGUGAUCAAUCACUGAUCAAUUGUCCUGAUCAGACCUGAGUUCUGUCUCCAGGUGUUCGUUCUGUACCUGUCAGAUUAAGCCCCGCCCCUUCCUCAUAAACAGGAGUUCUGCAGCGUCCUGAUGAUCUGAGGAGAUCAUCUGAUCUGACGGGUUCUAGAGGAUCAGUUAGUUUAUUAUCAUCAAUAGCCAGUUCAACUUGUGACUUAUUGAUCACUUCUGUAACCAGAGAGGCUGAUUUUGAUUGGUCAUGAUGUCACUGUGACAUCAGAGUUCAGGAUCAGGUUUAAUCAGUCGCUGACAUCAUUAAUCGAUUGACUGAUUCAUAGCUGAAGGCUUCACUCAGCUGCCAACCAUUUUCAUGUUUUUAUGAUUUCAGCAAGAAGAAAAAUGCCAAAACUUUCCAAACCUGUUGAGCCGGUUCCGUUUUUACCAUUCUGAAGGUUCUGGACCAUCCGCUGGUGUUUAACCGGGUCAGAACAUUUUAACGUUCUGAAGGUUCUGGACCAUCCAUUGGUGUUUAAAUGGGUCAGAACCGUUCAGGACCGAAGCGUCAACAGAACCGCCAUGAAGUCUAGUUGGUAGAGAACAUCUGAGACACUUCGAGAAACUGAAAGAACUGAUAGAACCAAACAACGGAAAAAUCAAGAGUAGCAGUUUAAAACCCGCUUAAUCAACUCAAGGGCGACUUACUGCUGUCUGUUCCAGAGCUUUCUGCUGGAAGCUUGGAUGUUUCCAUGGCAACGGCGCCUAGAGAUUCUGCCGAUGAGGACAAUGAAAUUCGAUCAAAAGCACAAGAAAAGAUUUUAGAGUUGAGACUGUUUUGGUUUCACAUGUUUCAUAAAAAUGUUUAAACUUUCUAAAGAGUCUUCAUCCUUCUGUCUUCUGGGCUUGUGGAGAUGGAUCCAACCCGGUCCCUGUCGGGUCCAUUUGUUCUGUCAGCAGCUGGAUGAAGCUGAUUGGCUGUCAGCUGUUAAUAAUGUACAUAGAGCAGGAGGAAGCAGGAAGAAGAAUAUUUAUUCAUUCAGUUGUUCUUGGUGUCAUCGUUGUCGUUCUUGUGAAGCACACACAGAGAGACAAUCAUGGUGGACAAUUCUACUGUUCCACCAACAGAACCACAGUUAGACCAUGUAUUGAUGUAACCCUGCUGACAUAUGGCUCUGGUCUGAUUUAACCCCGGUUACAGUCUGAGUUGAUGCAACCUUUGUAAUAUGCAGCUCUGGGUUGAUAAACCUCUCAGACCUAUGGCUCCUGGUUGGCAUAACCCUGCUGUUCUAUGGAUCUAUGGAUGUUCUGUGGAUCUAUGGAUGUUCUAUGGAUCUAUGGAUGUUCUAUGGGUUUAUGGAUCUAUGGAUGUUCUAUGGAUCUAUGGAGGUUCUAUCGAUCUAUGGAUGUUCUAUGGAUCUAUGGAUCUAUGGAUGUUGUAUGGAUCUAUGGAUCUAUGGAUGUUCUAUGGAUCUAUGGAUGUUCUGUGGAUGUUCUAUGGCUAGCUGUGGUGUUGACUGAACCCUGUUGGUGCAUGGCUGUGGUGCUGAUGAGAACAUUAUUGUAAUGAAAGCUUUUAUUUAUGUUGUAUGAUUCCAGAAUACUACAAAUAAAAAUGUCUAUACACUGCA